AUGUGCGCUGCGGGCAGCACGCGCUCGCAGGAGAUCGAGGAACUGGAGCGCUUCAUCGACUCCUACGUGCUGGAGUACCAGGGCGAGGCCGUCACCGACGGGGACAAGACACAGGUCUCCCAGGUGAGCACGCUUAGGAGGACGCAAGACAAAGUAGCGAUGGCGGCCACUGAGGCUGUUGAGGUUCGUGUGGUGCUAUGCAGUGUGGUGCUAUGCAGUGUGGUGCUAUGCAGUGUGGUGCUAUGCGGUGUGGUGCUAUGCGGUGUGAGGCCUGUACAGUGUGGUGCUAUGCGGUGUGAGACCAGUGCAGUGUGGUGCUAUGCAGUGUGGUGCUAUGCAGUGUGGUGCUAUGCAGUGUGGUGCUAUGCGGUGUGGUGCUAUGCGGUUGUGGUGCUAUGCAGUGUGGUGCUGUGUAGUAUGGUGCUAUGCAGUGUGGUGCUGUGUAGUAUGGUGCUAUGCAGUGUGGUGCUGUACAGUGUGGUGCUAUGCGGUGUGAGACCUGUACAGUGUGGUGCUAUGCAGUGUGGUGCUAUGCAGUGUGGUGCUAUGCAUGUGGUGCUGUGUAGUAUGGUGCUAUGCAGUGUGGUGCUGUACAGUAUGGUGCUAUGCAGUGUGGUGCUGUACAGUGUGGUGCUAUGCGGUGUGGUGCUGUGUAGUCAGUACUCAGGUUGUUCUCAGGGAGACUUGGUGACCCACUCAGCGUGGUUGAACCGCUCCAGCAUCAUGUACGCGGGGGAGGACAAGUGGUCUGUGGACCCGCGCGUGAGCCUGGUGACCCUGAGCCCGGAGGAGUUCACCAUCAAGAUCGAGAACGUGGACUUUGCGGACGAGGGCCAGUACAUAUGCGCAGUGCAGACGCGGAGCAAAGCCACCACCACCUCCGUACACGUCAUCGUCAUGGUGCCUCCUAAGAUCUCCGGUCUGUCGGACAGCCUGGUGGUGAACGAGGGGGCCAACGUCAGCCUGGUGUGCUCGGCCAGCGGCAAGCCGGAACCCUCCGUCAGCUGGAAGAUCAUCUCACCCUCAGCCCAGGUCCUGACGACGGAGGAUGAGUUCCUAGAGAUCCAGUCCAUCUCCAGGCAGCGGGCGGGAACGUACGAGUGCACAGCCGUCAACGACGUGGCCACCGACACGCAGACAGUGGAGCUAACUGUGAACUAUCCGCCUUCCCUGUCGGAGGGUGUGGAUGUGGGCGUGACCCUGGGCCAGCGUGGCGUCCUGCAGUGCCAAGCGGAUGCCGUGCCCGCCGCCGACUUCGAGUGGUACCGUGACGACAGGAGAGUAUUCACCGGUGUUGAGGGCCUUGAGAUUGAAGACAGUGGUCCUCUCUCAACGCUGACUUUCUUCAACGUAUCUGAGGCGGACUAUGGCAACUACACUUGUGUUGCCGUCAAUACUCUCGGUAGCGCUAACACCAGCAUGAUCCUGUUUGAGGUUGUAGAGCCCACUAGCUCAACGCUACUGCAAGGUCCUGGAGCAGUGCAGGAUGUGAACGCGGCCUGGAGAGCGGAGAGCCAGACGUGGAGCGGCCUCCUCGCCCUGCUGCUCGCCCUCCACUUCCUCCUCCUCAAGUUUUGAUGCUAAACGCUAAACGGGUAUCUCCCACGGGGCCAGUAAUCACACAGUUAUCGCGUGUUUUUCUCUAACCCGGAUACUGCAGCAGACGCAGUGUAGAGAGAUGAGAUGAGAGGAGAUGAGGUGGAUAGAUGAGAGGAUGGAGAGGGAGAAAGAGGAGAGGGAGGGAUAGAGGAUGAGGGAGUGAAUGAGACAUAGCUAUUUGGCAACCUGAUUUGAAACAGAAUUGAAAAAAAUGUUAUGCAGUAAAAUUGUUGUUGAGUUUGACAAUGUCCUUGUGUUAUGUUCAGUUUUGCCCCCCAGAUUGAGCUCUGUACACUUCUGUAUCUGUUUGGUAUGUAACUAAAAUUAAAAAAAAAAACUUGGGUUUUUAUUUGUCACCGUGUGUGCACAAUGAUAACAAUUUGGUCAAAUGGCAAUGAAAGUACAUGAUUUAAAGGUGCACUGUGUAAUAUUUUGGAAGUACAUGAUUUAAAGCAGAGUGUGUAAAUUGUCAUUGCACAAAACAAUGUACUGUACGUUUUAACAAUCAUUCUAAGAUAUUUAGAAUGUAGAGUGGACUUCGAUUGAUUGAGAUCUACCAAUAGGGUUUGUAAAUUAUUACUCAUUAAUUUUAAUUGUGCUAUAUGUUUAGCAUUGGUUAUAUUGCCAUUUUUGUUGGUUUGUUUAAGUAAUUUUAUUUUUGUUUUGUUUCUGUUUUUGGUAACUUCUAAUGACUGUCAGUUGUCAGUCUGCUGUUGCGACUACAAAUUCCUCAAUACACUGGACCUCUGGAAACGUCAGUGAUAGCAUAUCAUGCAUGGAUGGACUGAGAGUAUCUUGUUGACAGUACAUUUAACAUGGUGUUUUCUUGUGAAUCUAUGGCAAGCGACUUCUCUGUUUUCUUUUGAUUUUGUUUUGAUAGUUGAAAAGGAUCUCCUCCUCCUCCACAUAUUUCUCGUUUUCAGAUGUGUGCAUUCCUUUUGGAAUCGUUUCUUUGAGGUUGUUUGGUUGGUUGGUUGAUUUGUAUGCAUUUACAUAGACACCGUUUUCAACAACAUAGGAGAAUGCUGUUAUAUUUUUGGACCUAGUCAGACGCAGCGGCAGCAUCUUACUACUUUAUGUUGUGAACGCAGCGUUCACAUGUGUUGAGAGACACCAAUCACAGCCACCUGUAUAUUUCCAUCAUGGAGAAUGAAAAGUAAAACAAAAUACAAAAUGUUAGGCGGAGGUCAACCUCCAUCCCACCCACCCACCGGCCAGCCAACCAAACACACACACACCCACCAACCAAUCAAACACACACCCACCAACCAACCAACCAAUCAAUCAUCACCAGACCAACCUGCGGAACAACAUGGCCACCACAAAUGGGAGCGGCCAUGACAGAUGAUGCGCGUAACCGUAACCGAGGUGUCUACUCAACCGUGUGCCAUGUUAGUGUAACGGUUUAGAAGAGGUCAGAGGUCAGUGUGCAUACAUACAUACAGUACAUAGAGCAUAGUGGACAAGGAGUGAAGCACUCACUAAUAAUUACUACCCAGUACAUUUUACAGUAAGAUUUCAACACUUGGAAUGUCCAAAUGAACAACAUGAUCUCAAAAAUCUGUGUCCAGGAGCACGGAUUUUGCCAAAAUUCCGUGCUCCUGGAUUUCGCGUCCUUAACAUCCGUGUCCAGGAGCACAGAAUUUUUGGAGAUCAGGUUGAAAUGAACAUUCCCCUUGUUAGUUCUCCUCUCUAGGUGUUGGAUUAACACAAUCUAAUGAGCUGUGUCACCUCAGGGCUUUGGGAUCAGGUUAAUUAAACCAGGUGCAACUUAAUGACCACAUGUUUUUGUUUUUUGUUACACUUUACAUGGCGUCGGUGUCAUAUGUAUAACAUAACAAUGUCAUAAUAGUGUCAAAAGAGUGUCAUAAUAGUGUCAAUCAUGUACAAGUGAUGAGCAUGAUAUCAAUGGCAUAAACGUGUUAUGGUCAUGACAAGUUGACAAUGUUAGGGCUGCCUUAACCAUAACCGAAUGUCACUUCAUGACAAAAAUGUAAUGUUUGACACAAUGUCAGUCAGACACAUGCAUGACUGUUAUGACAGUGUUAUGUCAUCCAUGUGACGCUGGCGUCAAGUUAAGUGUUUUCUCUCUGCAGUAUCGUAGUGUUGAUCCCUCAAGCCUAGCCCAAAGAAUUAGAAGUGAAUAGAUACCUUAAUACUGUAUAGCACCACUCAGUAGUUCACAUGGAUGCACAUGGUAACAUAAGAUUAAAUGUGUGUUUCAGUUGACCAUAUUUAUAUCAGUUUAUUGGGUUUUUUUCUGGGAAAAAUACAUAAAAAUAAAACAAAAUAAAAAUCGUCAAAAUAAAACAGUACAGCACAUGUCAUCUUAACCCAAAUGAAACUACAUUCUCUAAAUAUAGGAGAUUUUAUGAUUCAUCUCAUACCAUUAUGAUGGAGCUCAGAAAUUGUUUAUGUUUAGGUAUUUUUCCUCUGUUUGAGGUUAAGAAAUGCAUUUUUAUACACAUGUUACAUUUCAUCUGGUUAACUGUUGAUGCAAAGUAUGUUGUUCCCUCACCAUCACAUAUAGAUUUUGUAAAGAUAUUUCAGUACAGUACGAGUGUCAGAGUUCAUGCAGAACAAAUUGUUGAUACAUAAAACUAUGCUUUACUGAAACCAUUUGACUUUCUAAGAGGUGUGUUUUACAACAUAUAGAAUGCCAGUUUGUUAGCUACUUCACUUCAAUACCGCCCAGUCCUUCACCACAGCUCCUUAAUGCGCAUCAGUGGACGGUCUAAACAUGCGACUACACACUACUGAUAUUGCAGUGAGGGGCUCUGUAUUGUAUUUGGUUUCAUCAUCUUUCUGAUUAGUACAGGCCGUGAAUUGGUGACACUUCUUGGCAUCACCA